AUGGCUGUCACCCUGCCUAGUGAGAUUCUCUUUAUGGUCCUCGAUAACCUCGGGGAAGAGAGAGAUUUCAACAGCUUGUAUCAGUGUGCUCUUGCGUCGAGGUAUUUUACUGAACAUGCGCUGUCUAUUCUGUAUCGGAUCUACGACGCUUCGCCGUUGAGGGGUGGAGGAAUUGAAGACGAGCGAUUCAUAGCUCGAAGGCCGGGCGUGUCUUCGGGAGCUCAGAAGAGUGAUUCGAAUUCAACGCUGAAGAAAUGGGUUACGCUAUGGCGGUCUAUUGUUCUCUCUACGUUAGACCUUACUUAUCUCCCCUACUAUAACUAUAUACGAUACCUGGAUCUUGAUGAUCUGGGGAACCUGUUGGGCACGGGAUCGACUGUCAAGGACGAGCUUUUUACGCCAGAACUUGCAGAAUUCGUGUCGCGCGAAUAUGUCUCCGAGGGGAACAAGCGGCGUCGUUCACCGAGGAAUCUUCCUGAUAAUGAAUGGAUCAAGGUGAAACUUGGAUCAGCCAUCGCAAAGAACAACUCCCGGAUACGAGGCAUAUCCUGCGAUGUUCCAUCAACGACACUGAACGAUUGGAUUGAGGGGUUGCCCCAGCUACAGAGCCUGAGUGUUUGGACGGGCUCCGCACUAUCACAGCAAGUAGGCAAAAAAAUCCGCGACCAUUGUCCUGAUUUCAAACAGCUCAGGAUAUAUAUCUGGCAGAGUCUCCGGCCAGGUGGGCCGCCGGACAACACAGAGACAGAGGCAGAGGAGCUGUUCAAUACCCUCCGACCCAGUUCUCUAGAGCAUUUCGAGAUACUCAGCUUCUCUCGUCUUGGCCCCCGAUCCAUCAAAGCUUUAGGGACACAGAAGGACUCGUUGAUGGAGCUGAAAUUAACCAGUCUUGAAGUCGAUACAAUUCGAGAACUUUCCUCGCUAGGGGCAUUCCCGGCAUUAGAGGUUCUCUCACUCUGCGACUCGGUGCGCACUGAGUGGAACAAUGAGUUCUAUGAGACUGUCAAAAAGGUCGCUGAGUGGAUGCGCAUGUGCAAGAAGUUGAAGCGCCUAGAGCUAAGGAACUUCAUGAAAGAUGACGAUUUGCUCACGAGAGUCUUGCAGGAGCCCGACAUCAGGCUCACAACUCUCUCCUUUGUCGGCUACCUGCUGCUCAGCAGCCGCGACUUUCUCGCCUCCCUUGACCAUCAACAGUCCUUGGAGUACCUCUACCUGCGAGGCGAAGGGAGCGAGUUUCCCCUCGACAACGACAACCUCGUCCAAGCCGUAAGCGAGCUCACGAACCUCCGAGAACUCGAACUGAAAGAUGUAUCUGAUUGGUUUACCAUGGACCACGUCAUGGCUUUGACUCCCUUUCUCCCGAAACUGGAGAGACUCUGGAUCAGUGGCGAAGCCUUCAAUGACUCUGUAUGGGAUGCGUUCUCGUGUCUUCCGAGACUCAAGAGUCUGGUGAUCUAUGCCAUGAGCAACUUCACAGCAGAUGGGGUUAUUGACUUUAUCACGCGGCUUGGGCCUGAUAACAGAGGUUUCAAUCUAUCCAUACUCAACGCGAUCUCGGGUGUGAAUUUUCCGGAAGAGACGCAGGCGAUGAUUCGCGAAAUCCUUGCGGAGAAGUUGCAGGGUUCGUUCGAUUUUGGUCUUGCUCAAGAAGAAUUUAGCGAUGCUGACUCCAAUGUCGACUGGUCGGAUUAG